CUGGUGCUGGUGGAGUGUGGCUCCGUGGCGUUUCUAGCGCUGUUAGCGUAGCGAGCUUGGUGAUAAUGGAGGUGGCUCUUUGGGUCUGAUUGAGACGAAAACGGGAAAGGAGGAGGAUCCGCCUGCGCUGCUGGCUACUGGUGAUGAUGAGGCCGAUGAUGAUGAUGAUGAUGCCUUUCUGAGAAGGCUGCUGGAUCCCGAGUGCUGCUCUCCUCCCCCCCACGCCACCUCCCACAGAGGCCGGUAGAGGAGGAGCCUUGCUCAGCACAGUGUUAGGUUCAGAUUCCUGCUGCUCACUGGCUGAGCUACAGCAGCUACAGGAAGGAGAGGCAAGAGAACGUUCUCCCCAAAGGCUCUAUAUAUGUCCCCCUGGCGCACAGAUUGGCUAGUGUGAGCACAUUGGCUGGCAACAUACGCUGCACCACAAGCCUGCUCUGGACUUAUACAAGAGGACUUAUCCCUUGACUGAGGGAGACGACAGACAAGAGUGAGUUUUGAAGACCCCCAAUCUCUGCUGGUUUGGAGCGUGCGGGUCCACUCCUCCUACCCCUGGAGAUGCUCCAAAGAUUCUACCUCUCCUCAGUGAAAUCGUGUGGCAUCCGUUCCCGAGGGAGGGCCGGCCAUCCCAGGCACAGAUACAUAGAAGUUGACGGACGAUAAAAGAAAAUCAGAAAAAUUCCAUAGCUUUUGACUUUCCUUUUCUCCCUUCUCCUAGAGAAACAUUCCUCCCCAACCCCCAGUCUUCUCCUUUCCAUCUGCUUUCUCUUAAGCCAACAACACCUUGAGAAUUUCUUUCACUUGGUGGGGGGGUCACUCAUGGCUUUUCUGACCAAGAAGAAGAAAUUUAAAUUCCAGACCAGCUUUAACCUGGAGGAGCUGACGGCUGUCCCAUUUGUGAAUGGGGUCUUGUUCUGCAAAGUCAGACUGCUGGAUGGAGGAGACUUUGUCAGUCAGUCCAGUAGGGAGGAGGUGCAGGAAAACUGCGUACACUGGAGGAAGAAGUUCAACUUUGUGUGCAAGAUGAGUGCUAACCCUGCCACUGGUGUGCUGGACCCCUGCGUCUGCAGAGUCUCUGUGCGAAAGGAACUGAAGGGAGGAAAAACAUAUUCAAAGCUGGGCUUUGCUGAUCUCAAUCUGGCUGAGUUUGCUGGUUCUGGCUCCACAGCCCGCUGUUGCCUGCUGGAAGGUUAUGAUACCAGGAACACAAGGCAGGACAACUCCAUUCUAAAGGUAAUUAUUGGGAUGUCGCUGCUCUCUGGUGACCCGUGCUUUAAGACACCUCUAUCUACAGCCAAAACAGUUUCCCCUCCAGGACAAGACUCCUCAUUACAGAUGACAUGUAAAGGGGAAGGGACUGUGAGAUCGGCGGGUGGCACCGUACGGCAGAACCGAAGCCGGCAGGCUAUGCUGAGCUCAGGUGGAUUUGACGAAACCGAGCAAAACCUAUCGAGCCCAGAGGAAACGUCCCAUUCAGGGCAUUCCCGGAACUCUAGCCAGGCCAGUCAGCAAUCAAAAGUGUCAGGUCACAGUUCUGAACAUUCUCGCUGCUCCAGCAUGUCCGACCUGACUCACAGGCGUAACACGUCCACCAGCAGUAGCGUCUCAGGGUGUCUCAGCCUCACAGCCGACGGGACUGAACCCGAACGAGAUGUUAAGCUGGAAAAGCCUCCACGGCCUAUUCGGCCUCCCCUCCACUCAGACAGACACUCCAGGAGGAAGAAAGACUCUGUAGAGAGUCGGCCCACGUGGGUAGAUGACACCAGGAUUGAUGCUGAUGACAUUGUGGAGAAGAUCAUGCAGAGUCAAGACUUCACAGACGUCAGCAACAACGAAGAUAGUCACCUAAGACUGUUUGUCAGUAGAGAUGGAUCAACCACUCUGAGCGGGAUCCAGCUUGCUAACAGGGUCUCGGCUGGAGUGUUCGAGCCUGUGGUGAUUGAAAUCCGCUAAAUGGAAGAGAGACAAAGGAACUGUCCGCACUCCCAGGCUCUUUCCAGUUCUAGAGUACAAAGCUGGAAUCUUUCACACCAGAGGAGAGACGGGACUUCGCAUAUUUUCUAAGGCUUGACAGUUCCAGUCAGCCACUGUGGUUCCUCCCCUCAUCUUGGCCCCUGUCCCAGUAGCUGUGCAUGACUCCCCAUGUGUUUCUUUUAUCCACUUUGUGACAGCGUUCCUGCCUGCUUCUAAUCACUGUGAGUUUAACCAGGCAUCUGGAGAAAGAGGCCACAAAUCCAGAUGCUCAGCAUUCCACACUCUGGCUGCUUCUCACAUUGCAGCGGCCUCUGUUUUGCUUGCCUAGCAGAAGAUAGAGCAGUGAUCCCCAACCAGUGUCUCGUGAGCAACAUGUUCACCGACCCCUUGGAUGUUGCUCUCAGUGCCCCCAAACCAGGUAGUCAUUUUUUAAUUCCUGACUUGGUGGCAAGUUUAGGUUGAAUAAAUACUACCAAAUAAAACCCCCUGUAAGCUAAUAGUGAGCAUAGAGGCUGCCUAAUAGCCAAUCUUAGCCCUUAUUUAGCACCUCCAUAAACUUUUAUGGUGCUUGUGUUGCUCGCCAAGUCUUUUUAAAUUUGACUGUGGCUCACGAGUAAGAAAGGUUGGGGACCCCUGAGAUAGAAGAAAACUAAGCAUGAUUCCAGUGCUUGCAACCCACAAUAAUACAGUGGACUCUCUGACUGUCCCUUUAAUACUUUCAGGGCCAGUAGGCCAGCUGUGCUGUACAAGUCCUUUUGGUCUUGGAGAUGUUAAAGGGACCUUUUACUUCCUAUAAUGUUGCAGUCUCAGAAUCACUGGCACAGUGACCUGCUGACUACAGACAAUAAAUGUGAGAAUACCUUGGAGCAGAUUGAAUAGAAUCAAUCUGUUUCCAAAUUGUACUGCACAGGGCAGCAUUAAGGGAGUGGUUUAAGAACCCCCUUCUGUUCCUGGAUAUGCAGCUUCACAUAUUUUGCCACAGACAACUGCUCAGAGAGAUCCCAAUGAGCCCAUUAGCUUACAGUCCCUGCUUCCCCCUUACUAAACGGUACCACUGCUUUCCGCUUUUUCAGGUUAGGCGGCAUGACUUUGUCCUGAGUCCUGUAUCCACCCCCUCCACCCUAAAUAAAAAAGACGAGAGUUGUCAGUACAGAACAGCAAAAGUUCCCUAAAAUAGGCCACAUUACACAGCUGGACUGUUUAAGCAUUAAGAGUCCCCUCGGGCAGGGGUACAUGAUGCAGCUGGUCUGCGGGCACCCUCGGGUAGGGGCCAUGUAAGGCAGCUGGUCUGCAUUUAAACCUUAAGGCCUCCUCGGGUAGGAGAGAUGAAACACAGCUGAGCUGUGAGAAUCCUUUAAGGGAGCAUACCUAUUAAAUGGAAUGACUGUUGGGGGGAGACAUUGCUGGUCGACGAGUCCCCCACUUCAGAUAUGGACCUCCAGAAUCUCCGGUUAGAUAUGGAGGGCUCAGCUAUUCUGUACUGCUACUUUCUCAAACACAUUCCAGUGCAUGAAAGGCCUAAGAGAAAGCCAUCGGUAGGGGGUUAGCUGUGCAGGUCACAGCGGCUGCCUCCCAGGACUCAGUCAUGCCUGAUAUUCCCUGGCCAUUCCCCUUCUAACUUGGUGAGGACUGCACAGCUCUUCCAAGAACCAGCAGGCUGGUGUUAUCAUUUCACUUAUGUGUCUUACCUACAUUUUCAAUGUGAACCUCCUUCUCCUUGACUUGGGUUUAAUCCUUCUGCGGAGCCAUCUGGGAUUUUGGGGUUUUUGUGUGUGUGUUUUGUUUCUUUUCUGUAGUUGCUUUUGUUGUUGUUAAUGGGUGAAACUAGGAGCCUUGGAAAUACCGCCACUGUUUCUGGUUUAUUGCGGCCUACUGCAGCUGCCCAAGGUGAAUGUAUGUGAUGCUCCCGCCACUACUUCCCCUUGAUUUUGAGACACGGCAUAUGCCUUUUUGGUUUAGAGUUGAAAAUGAAACCCAUACAUGGGGCCGACAGCCAGGCCGCCCUCCCGCGUUACUUUUGUUGUUCUAAAUGGAAACCACUCUUAUGUUCUGGGCACUUUAAUGAUUGUUGGACACGGUGCAGGGAUUUUAAUGAAACGUUCUUGUUCAGAGCUUGAUUUAAGACUACAGAAGAAGUCUUUAAGGAUUAUUUUUAUUUUCAUUUGUUUUUAUCUUUUUUCUCCCUCCACUGCAAUCAUGGCUUUAAUUGAAUUUGGGUGACAUAGCACUUACGGAGCUCCCUAACCUCACUGCUAUACCUACUGUGCUCUUUGGGAAGUGUUAAUGCUCAGGGUAUGUUUAUGGUGAUGUGCAGAGAUGACGAGUCUGUUUUAUUUGGGUGUGGCUCACAGCCUGCAUCAUUUACCAGCUUAUUACAGAACUGGGCGACAUAGCAGUUUUGUAUUGACUGUACAGUCACAGAGGUAAUUUUGUCUGACGAGAGGCCAUAACCACGGCACAGCCCUUCUGCACAUUGGCAAAAGUAGGGCAUAAAAGGUUUGUUAUGUUAAACUAAGCUAAAAAAAAUACCGUAUUUUUUUCUAUUUUGUUUGCACAACCCCCUCAGGAGUCUUAACAGCUAGAGAGGUCAGAGCAACCCUCUUGGACCUACUGAAGCCCACAGCAUGGCUGCUGAGCUAUUCUAGUUGAGUAUAAUCGCUGCUCACAGGUGUCUGCAGGCAGAUCUGGACUAUGGCAUUAACCAAGCUAUCUAAAUAUUCAUGGCAGACUUAGCCAUUCUAAAACUAACGUUUCUAACUAGGGGCCAAUCUUAUGAGACAGAGAUAGUGCCAAAUGGUCUAGAGGUUAAAAAGGUUUAUAGUGGAAA